GAUACAAAAUCGCCUAAAAACUUUUCUCUUCACUAUCCAAAUUGACUCCAACUUCCCCAUUUUUUUCGAUAAAUAUACACACACAUAUACACACAGCCACCCUCUGUCGGAUUCUUACAGGAUUCCAGUUCGUACAAGAUUGCACCGGAAAAUGGAUCUCCUUAAGUGCACAUCUUUCAAUGAGAAUCCUUUAAGUGUGCCUCUAAAUUUUCCGCACAAAGCACACGUAAAGGAUGAAGAGAAACAGGAAAUUUCCGGUCAUUCUGUUGAAAAAGAUCUGGAUAUUGAUCUCAGCGAAGUUUACUUUCUUAUCAUGCAUUUUUUAUCUGCUGGGCCAUGCCAGAAAACUAUUAGACAGCUCUGGAGUGAGCUUGGAGAGCAUCAGCUCUUACCAAGAAGAUAUCACGCUUGGUAUUCACGUAGUGAUGCAAUGAGUGGGAAUAGAAAUGUUGAUGACAGUUCUUUUCCUUUAACGUAUGAGGAAGUAGUUGAAAGGUAUUCUUACAUUGAAAAGGAUCAUCUGCUGAAGCUGCUGAAACAACUGAUGCUGAAUGCGACACCAUUGCGGGGUAUAAACGAUAGAUGUGAUCUAAGCGCUGCUGAUGUUCCAACGCUGCUUGGGGAUGGUCCCUUCUCUCUUUUAGGUGCUAAAUGUACAGCCGACAUGCAAAGAACGCCUCUUCCAGCUUACCUUAGAUGGCCUCACAUGCAGGCUGAUCAAGUCCUCGGGCUAACUUUAAGGGAAAUUGGAGGUGGUUUCCGUAAACACCAUCGUGCUCCAUCCAUUCGCUUUGCAUGUUAUGCUGUCGCUAAGCCAAAAACCAUGGUACAGAAGAUGCAAAACAUAAAGAAGUUGAGGGGACAUAGGAAUGCUGUCUAUUGUGCAAUUUUUGAUCGAACUGGAAGAUAUGUGAUUACUGGUUCAGAUGAUCGCUUGGUCAAGAUUUGGUCUAUGGAGACUGGCCUUAGCCUCGUAAGCUGCCGUGGACAUGAAGGUGACAUAACGGACUUGGCUGUAAGUUCCAAUAAUGCUCUGGUGGCUUCUGCUUCAAAUGACUUCAUCAUUCGAGUUUGGCGCUUACCAGAUGGGUUGCCUAUAUCUGUUCUGCGGGGACAUACAGCAGCUGUUACUGCUAUUGCAUUCAGCCCCAGACCUAAUUCUGUCUACCAACUCUUAUCGUCGUCCGAUGAUGGGAGCUGUCGUAUCUGGGAUGCCAGAUCCUCUGGCGGUUCUCCUCGCAUUUAUUUACCAAAGCGAACAGAUGGCAUUGCAGGUAAAAACAAUGCCACCUCAAGUACUGUUCCAGCAAGUGCUGCUUCAAAUAGCCAUCAAAUAUUAUGUUGUGCUUACAAUGCUAAUGGCACGGUCUUUGUAACUGGUAGCUCUGAUACUUUUGCGAGGGUUUGGAGUGCUGGCAAAAUUAGUGGAGAUGAUUCUGAGCAGCCGUAUCAUGAGAUUGAUGUGUUGGCCGGUCAUGAAAAUGAUGUCAACUAUGUACAGUUUAGUGGCACAGCUGUGGCUUCAAGGUCUUCAAUUUUGGAUACUUCUGUGGAGGAAAACAUUCCUAAAUUUAAAAAUACGUGGUAUAACCAUGAGAACAUAGUUACCUGCUCCCGUGAUGGCAGUGCAAUCAUUUGGAUUCCAAGAACACGGAGAUCUCAGGGAAAAGUAGGGCGCUGGACACGAGCUUAUCAUCUCAAAGUUCCUCCUCCUCCAAUGCCUCCUCGACCUCCUCGAGGAGGCCCACGUCAGAGAUUACUUCCAACUCCUCGUGGUGUAAAUAUGAUUGUAUGGAGCCUGGAUAAUCGCUUUGUGCUUGCUGCCAUCAUGGAUUGCAGGAUAUGUGUAUGGAAUGCUAGUGAUGGUAGUUUGGUACAUUCUCUGACUGGCCAUAGUGCAUCUACCUAUGUUCUGGAUGUUCAUCCUUUUAAUCCUCGAAUCGCUAUGAGUGCUGGAUAUGAUGGGAAAACUAUAGUGUGGGAUAUAUGGGAAGGCACACCUGUUCACAUAUAUGAAAUUGGACGGUAUAAGUUGGUUGAUGGGAAGUUUUCACCUGAUGGGACGUCUAUAGUACUUUCCGAUGACGUGGGGCAAAUCUAUCUAAUAAACACUGGCCAAGGAGAGAGUCAAAAGGAUGCCAAAUAUGAUCAGUUCUUUCUUGGAGAUUACCUCCCCCUUAUCCAGGACGAACAAGGAAAUGUUGUUGAUCAGGAAACACAACUCCUUACAUAUCGCCGAAAUAUUCAAGAUCCACUUUGCGAUUCAAGUAUGGUUCCAUAUCCAGAACCUUAUCAAAAUAUAUAUCAGCGGCGUCGACUUGGUGCAUUGGGUAUUGAGUGGCGCCCAUCAUCCAUAAAUUAUUCUUCGGGUGCAUAUAUUGGCCUAGGACAAGAAUAUCAAUUAUUGCCUUUAGCUGACCUGGACAUGGUGUUUGAGCCCAUUCCAGAAUUCUUAGAUGCUACGCUCUUUGAACUUGAAAAUGAUGUUAUAAAUGAUGAUACUGAUUCAGAGUAUGAUAUAGCUGAGGAAAUUUACAGUGGUGAUGAGCAGGGCAAUUUAGGUAAUGGUUCUUCUAGUGAUUCAGAGUGCAGUGAAGAAGACAAUAAGGCUGCAAGGAUUCAUGGACACGGCCUUCGUAGAUCAAAACGAAAAAAUCUUCAGGUUGGGUCGAUGACUUCACCUGGGAGGCUUGUUAAGAGUAGGAAACUAGGUGACCAUGACGACAAUGCAUCUAGUAGUAGAAGACCACGUAAGAAAUCUAGACCCACUCGCUUAAGCAAAAGGAGGAAGUCAUCCACAGCAAUGUCAUUAAGACCACAGCGAAUAGCUGCACGCAGUGCAUCAAAUGUACUUUCCGAGAUUUCUGAAGCUUCUACUACUGGAGAAGAUGAAGAAGAGUGGGAAGAUGUUCUAUCUGAAAGUGAGUCAUUUUUACAAGCUUCGGAUGGUCAAAGCGAUGAAUCAGAUGAAAACGUGCGGACUGUGCAUAGAAAGUAUCCUAAAGUCAAGCAUGGAUCAAUGGACACGUCUGGCAAUGUAAUCAAGCCACCUGAGCAUGUCGUCACUCAGAUGAAUGGUGAAAACAAGAAGAGGUUGGUCCUGAAAAUUUCUCUUAAAGAUCGGAAGAAAUCUGUGCCUUCAGAAAUCACCAUAUCCCAGGGCAACAACCAGAAUGAAUCAUCAUCUUUCUUUCCUGGACCUAGUGAAGAAACUUCUUCCUUUGUAAAUGAUCCAGAGCUGUCAAGAAACCAUAACUUGAACAAAAUGAGACAGAGUGAAGAUCAUGAAAUAAGCGAGGAUAUCAAUGCAGUUAAAUCUUGCACUGAAUAUCAAGAGGCUCUUGAUGGUCGGUCUGGAAGUAAAAUCAAUGGCGUCAACAGGAGCAUAUGUAUGAAUGAUGAUGGCACUUCUUUCUCUGGUUCAGGCCAGAGACUGGCGGGGGAUUCCACAGUUUGUACAGACCCUGAUUUUGUUGUUGGAACUAGUCAUUCACAUAAAUUAAAAGAGAACCCCGCACCUAAACCUAUAAAGUUAAGGAUUAAAUCGAAAAGUAGUUUAGAGCCCAGUUCGCACUUUGAUAGAAGCAUACAAAUGAGUGAUGCUGUUUUCAGUUCGGAUAGGUUGGGAAACAAUCUAGAAGGCUUUAAUAUCAAUAUAGAUCAAAGUACUUCGAAUAAUUGUGAUGGUAAACAGGAUGCAGGAGCUGAGCAAUGUGAAGAUGUACCCCGAGUGAGGUCUAAAACAAGAUCCUUGCGACUGAAGGGACCUUUACGGGAGAAAAAUGACAUUAGCCACACUUUCAUGGCGGGAGAGGGUAAUCUCCAAGCAGGGACACCAGCAAACGCUAAAACAAUAUUUCACAAUCCCCGAUCAGAUGAAUGGAUGUCUAAUUUAAAAACGAUUGCCAGACCUAGGUCCACCAGGAACAAGAGAGGCAUUGAUAACAAUAAUGAUAAGCAUCUGUUGGCUGCUGGAAAUUUAAAGACUUCACAGAGAAAAUCUAAUUGGCUAUUAUUGUCGGAGCAGGAGGGUCAUCGCUACAUUCCUCAAUCGGGUGACAUAGUGGUUUACUUGAGACAGGGCCAUGAGGAGUAUAUUGAUGAAAGCCAAUGCUCAUACGAUAAGGUUCCUUGGAAAUUGUUUGGAGAAAGAAUACGAGUCGUAGAAACUUGUUUGGUGGAAGGUCUUGAUUAUGCCCCAGUUCCAGGGUCAGGGGAGACCUGUUGUAAAGUUACACUUAAAUUUACAGAUUCAAUCUUAUUGGGCCAAACAUUUGAGUUAACCCUACCAGACCUGAUUGACUUCCCUGAUUUCGUUGUUGAGAAAACACGCUAUGAUGCUGCUAUUGAUCGAAACUGGGCUCUUAGAGAUAAAUGUCGCAUCUGGUGGAGGGAAGAUAAUGAGAAUGGCGGCAGGUGGUGGGAUGGUCGGAUUGUUGAAUCUAAAGAUAAAUCCGUUGACUUCCCUGGUAGUCCAUGGGAAAGAUUUCGUGUUCGAUAUACGAUUGGAGGCACUUUUCAGCAACAUAGUCCAUGGGAAUUACAUGACCCAGACAGUCAAUGGGAGCAGCCCUCCAUAGAUUGUGAGAGCAAAGAUAAGAUGAUGUCUUACUUGUAUAAGUUGUGGAAAUCAGCAGAAAAAAAUCAGGAUAAGUACGGGGUUGCAAAGUUGAAUCAAGUUACACAGAAAUCAGAGUAUAUGAACAGGUUUCCUGUUCCUUUGUCUAUUAUAAUUAUUGAGCAAAGGUUAGAGAACAACUACUACCGUAGCUUGAGAGCAAUGGAACAUGACGUCAUGGUGAUGCUAAACAAUGCCCAGCUUUAUUUUGGGAAAAAUGCAGAACUUUCAAGAAAACUUUCCCGGCUCUCUGACUCAUUUACAAAUACAUUUUCAAAGCUCCAACAAAGAUCUUAAUAUAACUGUAAUUUUCUCCUGUAAUUGACGAGUCCAGUUUUGUAGAACUAAUUAAUUCGUGUACCCACAGCUGUAGAGAGAAAUAGCAGGGAAGAAGGGAAUGGUUGUAUCUGUAGAACUUUUCGUCUUACGGUACAUAUAUACAGGAAAUCAAUGACCAUACAUAGAAACUUCCGGCUAGAUAGUGUUUCCGACAUGCAACCCUAAUUGGUUGGAAUUUGUUUGUUUUCAAAGAUUGUUAAAUGAAUGUAACAAUCCGUGAAGAUAUGGCUACAAUGUUUAAAGUAAGAAAUUAUGAACUUUCAUUUAGAUCA